CGUCGUCGUCGUCUCCAUUCAUGAAAUGUUUGAGCAGAGUUUGAUAGUAGAAGACGUGCAAGACAGCUGUCACGGUUGCCGACCGUGGGUCAGCGAAAUGGCUAAAAGUAACUUUGAACGCGUUCAAGUGACGAGGUUCAACAUAUCGACGGCCUUUUCACUCUAAUGCUACUUUCCAUCGGCGAUAGCGGCACUAGCCUACAUGAGAGAGACUACCAUGAGUGAUGGGGAGCUGUGUGCGGUCGCACUGCACCAGCGCUGGGAUUUGGUGGACGCGUGCGCUAAGCUUCUGAACGCCCAGUGGACCAGGAGCCACGGAGCCCGCGUCCACUCCCUGCGCCAGUCCUGCCCGGCCUUCCCCGUGUGCCUGCUGCUGCUGCGCCGCUAUCCUCUGGGUGGGGGCACGCCAGACGCCCUGCUGGGCCACGCCCGGCUCUCCAAGGUCCUGGGCUCUCGGAGCCUUUUCGUGGAGUCUGUGGUGGUGUCGCAGGCGGAGAGGGGGAAAGGGUAUGGGAGGGCGCUGAUGACAGAGGUCGAGGCGUACGCACGCAAGAAGGGCUAUAGACGGCUGUGUCUGACCACGCACGAUCAGCAGUACUUCUACGCGCACCUGGGCUACGUGUUGUCAACGCCCGUGCAGAACGUGGGCAACCUGGGCAAGAUCAUGCCCACGGAGCUCCUGCACAAGUUUUGCCGAGCGCCGCAGCACCAGGAGGUGGAGGAGGGACACAGAGGGGGGGUGGUGGACGGUGGAGGAGGGGAUGGACAUUACAAACCGGCCGUCAGGAGAGCAGAGCCUCCCAACCCCCCACCUCCUGCCCCUCCACCACCUCCACCAGGCUCUGUCCCUCCUUGUCCUCCACCUCUACCUCCCUUAAUACCUCCUCUUCCACCUCUCUCUAUUCCUCUUCCACCUCUCUCUAUUCCUCCUCCUCCUCCUCCUCCUCCUCCUUGUCUUCCACCACCUCCUAUUGCUGCACUCACCUCUAUUCCUGCACCCCACCCACCUCCUCCUCCUCCUCCUCCUCCUCCACCACCACCACCACCACUUCACACUUCCCACAAGACCCCCACAUCACCUCCUGGGGCUCAGACGCUCGAUGUGACGCCGUACCGAGACGCCAAAGGCAUGGCCAUCUUCUGGAUGCACAAAGACAUUUGACACGGACCGCUGCGCCGGGCCCCUGGGCCACCAUUUGCACUCUCCCUUGACAACACAAGGUUGGAGCAAAGCCAUGCUGUGGAGCAUCACUGUAUUGAGCUCAUUGGAGUAGAUGCUGAGCCAAAGUUUUGUGUGUUGGAUGUCCCAUUGAUUUCCUUUGCUUAAUUGUUGCUUUAAGCCUCUGGACUGGUUUCAGAUGCCACUCUCAAGUACACGUAUGUGAACACACCCUUGUACUGUAUUUACACAUGCACAGUAUGCACAUUUUAUAAAGAUGUCCACGUCAUUGUUAUACGGUAUGGCCUUCCAAAGAAAUCUACCAGGUAACUAAGUGAAUGGUACAAAUGAAUGGGCCAGUCUCUCACUUCAAGGAGAACGGAUACAGUGAGUAUCUCACUUUGUUCUUUAGAGGCCCUUCUGCAAGUGUGCCUAAGGACUGUGAAUGUGCCUUGUUACCAAACAUGUUUUAAGUGUAAGGAUUAUUCAUUUUUAGUGAAUGACAAUCAUGGAACAGAACCUAGCAGGUGCCUGGGGGCGUCCAUUAAAAGUGGAUUUCUCUA